AUGAAGUAUAUAAGUAUGUCAGGGAAAAUUAAAAAUUUUCCUGGUUAUUUAAGUAAAAUUAUUAAAUUUUUGUUAAUAUGGGUUUUUGUAAACCCUAAUUUAAACAAAAAUUUGGUUGGUUAUGGGAGUGGAGCGUAUGCGUUAGGAACAGUGGACAAACAAGACCUGAAAAACGUGGCCAAAAACAUUGAAAUGGGAGCAAAGAAGACGGCAAAUGGUCUUGGAAUGGCAAAAGAUGUGUUAAUGAACAUGUACGAAUUUUCAAAAAACAUGAAUGAUACGAUAAACAAUUUCCACAAGAAUAAAUUUGAAAUUGAAAAUCAACUUGAAAAAAAGUACGGUGGAGCAAAGGAGGAGGAAAAGGGAGUAAAAGAAGAAAAGGAGGAAAAGGAAACUACGUCGGAUGUAAUAAAGAAAAAAAUAUCAACUGUUAAUAAAAUGAUUAAAGAUAAGGUUCUUGGUGAUGAUAGUGACACAGAAUCUGAAAGUGAGAGUGGGAGUUCAGAUUCUGAAUCCUCAGACGAAGGCGGAUACUCCUCAGAAAGAGAAACCAAAUCGUCAGUGGUUAGAAAGGAUCCCUUGGCAAAAGAUUUCGACAGGCUGAAGGCCAAGUUGUUGAGAAAGAAGUUGUACAAGUAUUACACGUUUGGAUCGGAAAACGUCAAGGAAGAAAACAAUAAACAGCUGGAACAAGCCAUAGGAUAUGAACAGUUUUUACGCCCAUUUAUCGCUAGUUUAAAGCCUGAGUUUAAGGCGCUAUUGAGAGGGCAGCCCGUGGAAUAUUUUAGAACGUACUACACAAUAUCCCAAAGGCUCCUUUCAAUAACAAACCCAAUUUUAAAGAGUAUUACAAAUUUUGACGGAUCAACAAUCACCAGUGAAGUUGUGUCUUUAGAUCACGAGUUACAUACUCCAGUGAAACCAUCAUACCUACAGUUAUUUCAAGAUUCUAAUCGCACUCAAUCGGAAUCGAAUCCAAAAACUAAUUUUGCCCUAAACGGAAGAGACCUCACCGAGAAGGAGCGUGUGGAAAUAAAAAAUGAAAUGGAGCAGACGAGGGUUAGACUAAAGAGUUGGGAAGUUGACUCAAAUAUACAACAGGCCACACUCCUUAAAACAUUAUAUUUGUUAGUGUCAGAUGUGACAACUAGAGAGUCGUCAAAGAGAUUGGAAAACCUAGCAAAUGCGCUAGGAUACAAUAUAGUAAAAAAGGAAAAGGGAAAGGCGCCGUCAGGGGCGCCCUUGGCAAAUAGUUUGGGCGCAGACAUGUUCUGGGUAUCUGGAAAUAACCCAUUUAUCCUGGGUCACCUGGCGACGAUGAUGUUAGGGUACACAGAAUAUGAUUCAUUUUUUUCUGAGCACCCUAGGCGUAGGUUUUACUCCUGGCUGGAGUUGGUGCGCUCAGGACCUGGUGGAUCAGUAAAUAGACUGGACUAUAUGUGUGGAAUAAGAAGAGGAUCAAGGUACUCUAGGGGGUCAAACGGCCUAGUAACAAAAAAAAUAUCUACUGCGAAAAAGUAUGAAAGUAACGUGUCAUCUGAUGGAGUGUUUUUGUGCGAAAUGUUGGAAGUAUUACUGCGAUCGAUUAAUUUGACGAUGGAUUCAAUGGGAGAUUUGCUAAACCAGAAGGGAGCAACAUAUGAGCCGAACGUAGGUUCAGUAGUGAAUGGUAAGCGAAUGCAGGCAAAGUUAUGUUCAAACCCUAAGGAGGCAACGAUCUCCGUAAGGUGCGAUUUUGAGCACAGUACCCUAGUGAGGGAAGAAACGUAUAGAGGCGUGCCUGAAGCGGAAGCAACAGACUUGAGAAAGCGUUUGUCAGAGGCGUUUGAUAUAUUAUUAAUGAUGAGCGACAUCAAUUCGGUGGACGACGUUCCAUACUCAUGGUUUAGGAUUCUAGCAGAUCCUAGAAGGUUCAGGUCGUUUUUUGAGAUGUCGUUGAUGUGGGAUCCUAGAAUGUUCAGCGGAGAAAAGAAGGGAACAUGGAUGGCGGACUACAACAAAUACGAGACCAGGAGGAUUGGAAGAAAUCUGACAGCCGAAGUGGUUCCGGCAUAUAAUGCAGUUGAAUACUACAAAAAGCUCCCCUACGAAUUGGGAAUAGAGAACAACAAGAAGAAGAAAAAAAUACUUAGUCACAGAGCCUUGCAUAGGUUUUACAUAUACAUGGCCUCGUCAGGAAUAAAGAAGUGGAUAGAGACCAACAUGAGUCUUAUGCACGAAACAUACAACUACUCGCCCUCAGUGUUGCUCGGAGGGUCUAUUGCAAAUAGGUUUAGAGACUUUUAUGAUUCUACGAGCAUAGGUCUUGCGCACGUGUUCCUUUACAACUUGCUAUCGAAGAAAUUCCCAGCAAAAGAAUACCUGAGUGAGCUGGUAAAGCUGAGUAAAGCGGACCCAUUUUCAAGAUUUGUAGAUGCAACGUCGAUAUUUGCACCAGCCAAAAUGAAAAAGGUGGUGAAAUGGUUCCUGAAAGGCAACUUUGUGAAAAAGUUUAUGAAGGAGAAAACGAAAUUGACCUUGAAACAGCUGGUAAGAGGGGAUGUUCUGAGAGAUGCCUUGGAGUCGAUAACAUUUGUGACCCACUCAAUGGCAAACAUACAAGUGAUUCAGAACGCAGAGCACUGGGGAAGGAGCUUCAACGACCCGGAAAACCCAAGCCAGUAUUUCAAGAAGGGAGGAGUGAUUAGCUUGAUAGAUAACACAAUCAAGGUGUGGUCAGACCAGGGAUACACGAAGACAAUCUCGGAGAAGCUGAAAGGCCACGUCGAGUUGAACGAAAACGACCUGAAGAUAGCAGAUUUCCAACACAUACACAACACGGAGAGCAUCAAGUGGGACAAGCACCUGAACACUGAAAUUUUGAACGCUUACAACCAGUUCCUGGAGUUCCCGUCAAUCAAGAUGCUUGAGUCCCGAGGGCACAUGCUCUACGAGGUGGUGAAGGAUAGCCGAGACAAUUUGGAACAGAACAUAGAGCAGACGAUAUUCUUCGGAAGAAUACUGGGAUCCCGAGAAAUCAAAUCUAAGUUGAAGGAAUACUUCAGAAGAGCUAAAAACUUCGGAAAUUUUGUAAUGAACAGGUCAAUAAGGAACGUGGACCACGCAAUAUGGUUCGGAAUAAAGCUAGACUUGGACAAGGUCAUGAGAGUGGUGAACGAGUUGCACAAGCUGCAGAGGAAGUUGAGCGGAAACGAGUCAUGGAAUCUGCAAGGAGCAUUCAUAGACGUGAUCGAGGACUUGGUGGAGGUGCUGACGAACCAGACGUCUAGGAUCCCAGUGGGAGUGAAGGACAACUACGGAAUGCCAACGCUGUCGAACAUGUACGGAAGGAUGAGUCUGGAUGAAAGAAGAAUAGAGUUCCAGCAGAGUAUGUGCUCGGAACAUUGCGGGGCAAUAUGGAAGGCAAUUAUGGCCUUCACAAUGUCGACGCUGAGGAACCCAGGAAGCAUCAAAUCAUACGAGAAGAACCUGUCAAGCACAACCUCUUUAUCGGAUCUGUAUAGCCCAAAUUACGUUAACAACGUGAGGUUUAUACUGAAGGGAGAUGCCUGGAACGGGUUCUACGAAACGAUGCUGCCGAAGUCAAUGAAAAAGGAGCUGGAGAUCAUGGAGUACGGAAAGGCCUUCUAUAUCGCAAACACACUGAAAAUGGCUUCAGUGCUGAUGAAUAGACUGGGAUUUGUGUACACAGCAACGACAAUGAAGGUUCAGGCGCCAUAUUUCGGGAACUUUACAGCAGAGUGGAUAAAGGAGAGGAAGAAGAACAACACGAAGGUGAUGUUCUCAGCUCUGGCGCUGGGAACAAUGGCAACGUACACAGUGCUGGAGUGCAUGGACAUAGCGCAGCACGCAGUGGACAUGGGACACCCGCCAAUAGAAACGUGCUGGUACCUGGUUAAGCCCCCGAGCGUCCACUGCACAGUGGAGCCAGUGUCAACACUGGCGCUGUCAGCGAGCUCAGUGGCAAUAAGAGACGUUUUCUCGUCGACAAUACUGGCGCUGACGGGGCCGUACAUGAUGAUACCCAUGGGAGCGUACGCAAGCUGGACUCUGCUAAAAAGGCAAUUCAAAAUACUGCACAGGCUGGACAUGGCAAUGAGCUCAGUGUUCACUAGGCUGUGGAAAAGAGUGAACACAAAGGCCAUGAUCAAGAACAUAGCAAACUUAUUCAAAAACAGAGAUCAAUAUCGCAAGGAAAUAGAGGCAGCAGCAGUGGAGAGUAAGCAGACGGGCAACGAGGAGGUGAAGACGGAGGGAGGAUUCGCAGAUGACGGAAACACAUUUUCAUACACACACAUGGAGUAA